AUGGAAAAUAAAAAAGAUAAAUCUCAGAACAACCGAAGUCCUCGGAGAACUCAAGAUGAAAAUGAAGCAAGUGGAUCACUAAAUAAUCAAAAACCAACUAAUUCUCAAAGGCCUCCAAGAUCACAAGAUGAUGAAAAGCCAAGUAGAUCCCCAAGACCUAUAAGAUCGCAAGAGGAUGAAAAACCAAGUAGAUCUCCAAGACCUAUAAGAUCGCAAGAGGAUGAAAAAUCAAGUAGACCCCCAAGACCUUUAAGAUCACAAGAAGAUGAAAAUCCAAGUAGAUCCCAAAGACCUUUAAGUUUGCAAGAGGAUGAAAAACCAAGUAGACCCCCAAGGCCUUUAAGAUCACAAGAAGAUGAAAAUCCAAGUAGAUCCCAAAGACCUUUAAGAUCGCAAGAGGAUGAAAAACCAAGUAGACCCCCAAGGCCUUUAAGAUCACAAGAUGAAAAUCCAAGUAGAUCCCAAAGACCUUUAAGAUCGCAAGAGGACGAAAAACCAAGUAGAUCUCCAAGGCCUUUAAGAUCGCAAGAUGAUGUAAAACCAAGUGGAUCUCAAAGACCUUUAAGAUCACUAGAGGAUAACAAACCAAGUAGAUCCUCAAGGCCUUUAAGAUCAAAAGAUGAUGAAAAACCAAGUAGUUCUCAAAGGCCUUUAAGAUUACAGGAGGAUCAAAAUCAAAAUAGAUCCCCAAGGCCUUUAAGAUCACAAGAAAAUCAAAAACCAGAUAGGCCCGAAAGACCUCAAAGGCUGCAAGAUUACCAAAAAUCAAGUAACUCAACAAAUAUUGGAAUUCAAGAUACUAGGAGGCCAAAGAAAUUUUCAAAAGUGUCAUUUCCUGAUGAACCAAAGUUAAAACAAACUCACCAGCUUACUCCGAUCCAGAAGUCUUCUCAAAAUCUCCAAACAUCUCAGGAACCCGAACAAGAAGGAUUCUUCGUCAGGCUUUUGCCAGAUAUUGCAAGGAAGGAAUGGGCUGCAAUAACUGCAAGAUUUUUAAGUGGUGAUAAUACUGACAAGACCAUACCAAAGGAGAUCUUUCUUAAACGAGAAAUGGGUUUAUUUGGCGCAGUCAACUUCUUGAUUACUAUUUCUGUUGGUACGGGGAUUUUCACCAACCCUCCUGUGCUACUAGAGAGGACUGGCUCAACCACGGAGGCUUUGCUAGUCUGGUUGUUCUGUGGCUUCUUCUCUUUAUUGAUCGCUAUCACCUACGGAGAAUUGGUAUUCCUCGUGUCCCAGUCGGGAGAAAAGUUCUCGUAUCUUCUGGCUGCGUUCUCCCCCAUCAACAAAGUGUUCGGCCCACUGCCUGCGUUCCUCAGCAUGUGGAUGGAAACUUUGUUUACGGGACCUGCGCAAGUCUCGCUCAUGGCCCUACUCUUCGCGGAACACCUGUACUCCCCGAUAUCCUCGUCUUUGAAUACCUACACCAACAUCGACGUCACCGAGCCGUACCACUUGAAACAAAUUAUUGGCGUGACAGUUCUUGUUCUAAUAACAUGCGUUAACUUCCAAAGCAUCAGGACUUGUGUGAUGGUCCAAAACUUGUUUGGAGUUGUCAAAAUGCUGAUUUGUUUAGCUGUUAUUGUUGGAGGACUACAUGGUCUGAGUUCAGGCAAUGUUCAUAGCUUCGACUAUCUUUUCAACGACUGGAAAGGCAACUCCACGGGUCUGUUGAAGGCUGUAUACAGAGGAAUGUGGACUUAUGAGGGAUGGAGUACAGUAGUGAUUAUUUCAGAAGAGGUCAUAGAUCCUUUAAGGACUAUUCCAGCAGCCAUAAUUAUUGGUGUGCCGAUAGUAACUUUUUUAUACCUGGCGAUGAACGUGUCUUUUCUCUGCCUGCUGACAGCAAGUGAAAUAAAAGCUGCGCCUACUAGAUUCUAUUUUAUUUUUGGGGAAAGACUAUUUGGCCCUGGGAGUAUGGUUAUGCCAACAUUCUUUGCAAUCUCAGCUUUAAGCAGUUCUAUGGGAAUUCAAUUGGGAAUGUCAAGGUCGUGUUUUGCGGGCGGAAGAGAAGGCCAUACAUUGGAGGUUUUGUCUUACAUCCAUGUUCGUAGAUUCGUGCCGAUCCCGGCAGUCUUAGCUCAGGCCUUGAUAUCACUUGUAUUCAUCGUAUAUAUCCCAGCAAUAGACAUGAUAGAGUACGCAAGUUUCAUUAUAUGGUCAUUCUAUGGAUUGUCGUUUGUUGCUCUUAUCAUUCUACGAGCUACUGAGCCUAACACAUACAGACUUUAUAAGACUCCGUUGUUCAUCCCAAUCAUACUCACAGUCCUGAGUAUCCUCGUAACUCUUGACCCGUUGCUAAGAGCCGACGGAGGAGCUGGAUUAAUCUUCGCUUUCAUAUACAUGUGUGUCGGAGUUAUUGUUUACUUCCAAUUCGUCUACAGACAUAAAAGGAUACGUUUCAUGGAUCUAUUCAACGAUUUCAUCCGUUCACAUUUGAACGUAGCUCCGCCGACCGCACUACCAGAGGGAUACUCUCACUCAGGCUCGUCUCAAAACAAGUUUUCCAUCGCGGACAAACUCGUUGACAGGGAAAGAUAUAGCAACUCUUAA